CAUCGGUGUCGGAGCGGGCUUACCGUUGGGGAAUUCGAUGCCAAGGUCGCUCAGGAAAGCGGGAUAAAGAAGAAUAAGCGCCUGCAACGGCACACGAAGGGCGCCUUCGUCUUCUCGUGCCCUCAUUGUGUCAUCUAUGGCUUCCACGUCAUGCUCCGCGGGGAGUCGCCGCGAGACCCCUUCACCGUCCUGUACACGCGGCUCAAUCGGAGAGAUCUUCCUCUGUACCUCAUCCACGACAACGCCUGCAAGAUGCGCACCUACGCGAUGCGGAGAGAGCCAGCGUUCUUUGCAGACGUUCGGUUCCUGGUCGAUAGAUUCCACUUCCACCACACAACCGCCGAGGCACACAAGUGUGGUCCAUCAUACAACACAGACUACUACGACUCUGUGCGUUGGGUCAACACGUCGGCAGCGGAGUCGUGCAACGCGUUUCUCGUGAACUUCAAGACGCAAGCGUGGUAUAGGAGCCUCGUUGCAUUCAUGAUCAUCCUUCCUAACCUAGUCAGCGGAAGAAAUAGCGACUUGCUACGGGUUGACGAACCAAAGCUGCGCAUUGCGAGCAGAGCAGACACGUGGAGACCGGCUGUACGGCAACGGCUCUUGAUGUACUAA